AAAAAGUCAAUUAGACAAACUAAGGGUAAGCCGUAACAAAAAAAUGAAGUACACAAAAACAAUGUGAAAACCAUUCUGAAUAAUAAAUCAAUAUUUCCAAUUUCAUAUUAUUCCUGCUUAUUGGAUACUAAUCUAUAUUUAUAUAACAUGCAUACACACACACACACAACAAACUUAACAAAAUAUUAUCCAAACUGAAUUUAUUCAUUACAUAAGAUCGAUGUUUAAAAUAUUUCAGAAUAAACUACACCAUAGAGCCAACCUUGAAUUUUUUAAAAAAUUACUACUUAGCUAGUAGCAUAUAUGGAUUCAUAAUAAACGCUGAACAGAAAUGAAUUUAAUCUCCAUUAGUCUAUUGCUAUUUUUAUCUAUUGCAUCAUUAUCAAUUAUGCCAGUGGUAAUUACCGAAUUCAGUAAUCUUUAUAUUCCAAUUGAAUUUAAUGAAAAUAAUCAAAUGUUCCUUCGGUUGGAACAAUUUAAGCUUGUAUUGGAUAAGGACGAUCAGUUGACAGUGAAAGAUGGUGACUGUGUAACAACAGUGGAUUUGGCUGCACCGAAUGCCAAAGAAAUUAAAGCUCACAAAGCACAUAGGCAAGUGACAAGAAUAUGUACAUCAUGGUAUAGCAAAAACGUGGCAAAAAAGUCUAAUUCAACCGUUAAAAAGUAGUACAUUUUACUAAAAUGUGAAAAUUUUACUUUGCAAAAAACAUUUCAAUAAAACUGAUUAUUGAUUGUA